AUGCUACGUCGUCAGCCUCUGAGCCGAACAAGCAGCGAUGACAAAAGACCGCCUACACCAGAUAGCAGAGGGACCAAUGAAGAAGAGCCAGUGGAUGGUUCCCCAACCCGAAAGGAACCAGACUUGGCUCGGUUGUCACCUCCAGACCGAACCGAGCACCUCCGUCCGCCAACUCCAAGUCACGAUGAUGGUGUACACAAAGGUUGGUCUUGGAGGUCGAGACGGUCCUCAGUCGAGAGCAAAUACAAAGACAGCGGCGACACGACAGGAUCGGGGCCGACGAAAGCCGAGGGGAAUUCAACAAAAGCAACUGCUGGGGCAGGCUCACCACGACCCGCCAUAUCAGUAACAACGCCAUCGCCAUCCAGGACCGAUCAUGUUCCUGCCCCGCAGACGACGCCACGACGGCGUUUACUCAGCCCCGGCCCCUCUCUAUCCGAAAGCGAGCAAGUUCGAGCGCUUCAGAUAGGACCACAUACGCUUCCAAAAAAUGCUCCCUCUCAACUAUCAGAAAGCACUCGUCCUCAAGUCCAGCAAAGGGGUUCUUAUGAGCUUCACAAAAGCCCUGGUCACUCCUCGAGCGAGGGCCAGUCGACAGGCCUUGUUUGGAUACCACGGCGGGAAUCGAGGAGGGGUCCUAAAGACUACUUCAGCUCAAGUUCUGAGCAAAUGUCGGAGCAAUUACUUCUACAGAGUCGGACCACGGAAAGCAGUGAAGGCUACUUUGGCUCGGAGGAGAGGACCCCAACGCCUAUACCAAUCGUCGUGGAAGAGGAAGAGAAAGAGGAAGAGGAAGAGGAAGACUUUUCGGAUGAGCAGGACGAUGUAUCCGUGGAUGAAGAAGACGAUGAGGACCAUAGUGAAGACGAUUCCGGUGAGGAUGAGGCGGACUCGGUUGGUUAUUACUCCGAUGGCGACGCGGAUGACGAGGAUAGCCGGUAUAGCGACGAGGACGACUACGAUGAUGACGAUUAUGACCCCGAAGACUCUGAGGACGGCGAUGCUUUCCCGGAGAUCACCGACGAAGAAAACAAAAAGCGAAUCGAGGAUCUUUCCAGGAUGGUGGCAGAGGCGACAGAAGUAGCCCGUUGGGGAGAGUUCGGCCCCGACGGACCUUUUGAGGAUACUUAUUAUCCAGUCAACAAGCCAGGUCACCAACCCGGGCUUGCAUUGUUGGAAGCACAGUUAAAGGCGUUUCAACCCGAUCUUCUGGAAUUGCCACUGCCAGUGAUCAGAACCCCGUCGGAGCAAGAACCACAGUGCCAGAAUGGAAUUGUUUUGUUCGGGCGCGGCAUAGCUGGGGCUGGAGCAAGAUUGGUGAGGAAGGGGAGCAUGCAUGCUUGGAGCAGAUCCCUCUCGCUAGGGAUGGUUGCAAGCAAGGCUUUGAUGAGACUGCCAGGGAAGUUGAAGAAGAGGAGAGUUCUGCGUAAUCUUCAGGUUUCUGACUCUUCGGCCAGUGAGGGAGUUGACAAGCCAGGAGCCAAGCGAAGGAGGAUCAGCAAAAUUGAGAGCGUGGGUUCUGCAGCAGGUGAAGCAGAGCAAGUCAUAAUGCUUCCUGCUGAGUACACAAGUACUCCUCCUCCCCAAGGCAAUUCGAUCGAAGGAAAGCGACGCGGGCUAGUCUUUGAUCUGAAAUUAGCCAACCAACAGCUCCGUGAGCAGGAAGCUCAAGAAUAUAGUAGCAGGCAUACACCAUCAACGGAAUUCGGAGGAUACCCGACUUCCAGAACGCGAAGCUUUGCCGUUCAGGUUGACCUAGAGACACCGCUGGUCACGCCAUUGCUCGACUCUCGCACUCACCAACGCUUGACGGAGGCCUUUAGCAUGUCACCACCAAGGAUAAGCGUCAUGUGUCCGGCAAGUACGCUGCAUUCGUCAGGGAGCAGAGGGGUUUGUGCGUACCAUGGGAGGCAUGCAGAGCCUUCGCCGGACUUGCUUGAGCCCGAGACACUUGCAGAAGAUGAGCAUGCUUCUGAAGAAUCUCGAGUCCCAUUGGAAUCACAGACGGUGGAUCGUACAAUCGCUCGCCGUGAAUUGGAGCCAGACCUGACUGAUGAUUCCUCGCUGAUCCCCUUGGCUACUGUUUUCAAGCCGAUAGAGAGCAUUAGCAGGUGCAUCUCCCAGGCUCACAUAACGCACAAAAAGCCGGCUGCAAUGGCCGGCGUCGACCAAGAUCCGCUUUUGCUGCUGCGGCAGUCAAUCGCGUCGGGAGGCGCGAUUCUGCCCACCACCGUCGCCGAGCCGUCGCCAUCGGCACCCGAAGCAAGCCUGUCGAGCGCAACGCACCUUCAUUUCAGCCACCCGAAACCAGUCUCGUUGCCCAUAGCCGCGCCGACGCGCUUCGUCAGCAACGACAGGCCUGUCGACCUCCGCAGCAUCUACUUUGCCUGGCUGAACCGCGAGGUUGCCAUCCCGGACUACAAUGCCUCGGCCUCAAAACUCAACGACGAGCUGGCCCAGUCCUCCACGCCCACGGCGACUGUGCACAAGUUCGCCUUUGUCGAACGCCUCGACCUGAUUACUUGGCUCGAAGGCGCCAGCGAGGAGAGUGAACACAUCCAGCCCCUGGCCGGGGAGAAGGACGCGGCGGCCGCUGCGGCGGCGGGCGCGGCGGCCAAUGGCGGAGCCGCCGUCCCUGCUGCUGCUUCGGCGAGGGCAGGGAGGGGGACCAUGGACCCCAGGCUUGCGGUUGUGUAUAGUGGUGAGAGGAGGAUGGGCGACCACAACACGGCACUGAGGGGGAUAAAGCCAACGGACUUUUCGCAUGUUCGCAAGCUCGCAGCGCCCUUUAUGAACAAGAAGUCACAAAACCCAUCGGCAAACAUCCCCAGGAACCCAUCACUGCCGCUGAAUCAAAAACCGCAGCGCAGGCCGGAUCCCAUCAUCCUCCUCUCUCCUUCCAUGUCGUCGCUCCUCCGAAUAUCCAACAUCAAAUCCUUCCUCGAGGGAGGUCGCUACGUGCCGGCAGAUAAUAGCUCGACGGCAUCUAUGCUGCACAUCUCUAGGGUAAUGAAGGAGAUCGACCCGGCGAGGCCAAUGCGAUUCAUCCUGGUCGAAGGCCCGGAGCAGUUCAAACCAGAAUACUGGAACCGCGUGGUGGCGGUGUUCACGACGGGUCAGACGUGGCAGUUCAAGAACUACAAGUGGCCGCAGCCGCAGGAGCUGUUCCGGCACGUGUUGGGAAUCUACGUCGGAUGGAGAGGCUCUCCGCCACCCGAGACGGUCCGCAGCUGGGGCCACCGGGUGCAGGCCUACGGGCUGGACAAGUGGCGGGACCCGGCGGUGGCUGCAAGCUUCGGCAACCAGGUUGAUAGCAGUCGGUUCAGGGACAGGGAGGUCGUUGAAAGCAUCUGGAAGGGCAUAGAAGGCAACAUGAGGUCCAAGGGCUGGAAGAGAGAUGCUGGACCCAUGGCAAUCUGA